GAAAUGUGAAGGAAGACAAAAAGCAAGACAACUACAACUACCUUAAUUUUGAAGGAUUUAUAGUGGUUGAACCAAAAUCAAACACUUAGCCAAAUAUUUGUUUGCUCAUGGUGGCCACUCUCACAAAUGUCACACCCUUCACAAAUAAAUGCCUGCUUCUAGUAAUACCAAAUCUCUGCAUACAAACAAACUUUCCAAUCUCACAAACCCAACUGCAGCUACCCCAUCCAAACCACCCCCCAAACCAAUAUAUUAUUCUUGUUUGGUUACUUGCAAGAAUGCAUAUAUAGUUUCUUGGGUUUCUUUUCUAUCAAGGUGUGUCUCACAAGAUUCACGAAAAUUCAUACAAAAAAAAGGAGAGCUUAUGCAGCUUCAUUUCUCUGCUUUCCACAGUUGCUGAGGUUGAUGAAGUGUGAAGAAGUGAGUGAAUUCAAGUGUAUGCAUCCAUUGUAUUAUAUUCUUGACUCCCAAAAUGGCUGGGCCUCUUCUCAUGAGAUGAUUGCAAUGAUAGAAGAUCAUCGCACCAGCUUUGAUGAAGAAUGUCGAAAAAUUCAAUAUGAAGCAGAGUUUGCAACAAGUAGUAGAGCUAAUGCUAGUGAUAGAAGCUUGAAGGGUCUAACUCGAGAAGAUGCACACAUUCUGCAGCAGAGAAACAAAGACAGGACCGAUCCUCAACUCGUUGUUCAUCCGAUGGCAGCAACGAAGGCUAGCCCGAGAGCGUGUAUGUGUCAGUCGAAUGACACAACGAGCUCGACCCACAGACGCCCUCCACCUCCAUCAGAAACGCCUUCAAACAAGGCAGCGGUCGGGUCAAGAUUCGAGUCCAAACCUUUCUCUGAUGCAUUGCAAGUUCUGAGUUCGGACAAGGACUUCUUGUUCUUGUCUGAACCUCAGAACUGCAUCAAGAAUCUGGAAAGUGACAAACAAACAUGUCCCAAAUCCAAUACAGCACUAACUCUCAAGGCUGAGCUCCAAAAGAGGCAAGAUUCGGGGAGAUUCGCCUGUCACUGCUCGUCGGGGCAGCCUGGUGGUGGAUCGAGGGUGAAGACAUUGAGAGAGAUAAAGAGGAAACUGAAGCAUACAUUUGGAAGCAGCAGAAGAAAAGAUGCAGACCAGUUGCCUAGGUUUAGGUUUCAUGGUUGUAUUUAUAGUGGAGUGGAAACUAGGGAGCCUUUGAGUUCCACUACUAAUGCAAAGGCAAAGGAGAAGCCAGGCAAGAAACAAGGCCUCAUCAAGGUGGAGAAGGAGCCUCUCGUGGCCGGAGAGGCUGAAACAGCGCGCAAGAAAAUAGACGUCUCAAGCGACCUAGUUGAUGUUGCUGCAACGAGUCCAUGGAGGGUUAUGUCUUCACUAGAAAAGGACUCGUGUUUUAGCCCAAGAAGGGAAAGCCAAUACUUCUCUGGCUCUGCACAAGUGAGUUUGAUCAGUCCUUUUAGACAGAGUGUUUAUCUGAGCCCAGCGAGAGCAAGCAGAGACGUUGCACCAUUUGAUGGCCUCACAACGGGUAGUGUGGCAACAACAGAGACGAGCUCCUCUCUCGUUCCAACCACCGAUGAAGAAGCAGAUGAAGCAAGGAUCACUCCAACUCGAAACAUCAAGUUUCAUGACGACGUUCAUCGUUCAGAAGAUGCAAUGAUCAGCAGUGCAGAAAGAGCUGCCGAAAUCAAGCUAAUGCAUUCCAUAAUGGAUUCAAUUUCAGAGAAUGAGGCCUCAUUUUCAAAUGCAGCAGAUGAUUUCCCAUCUAGCCCUACAUUAGACAUGUGUGACAGCAAUGACAAUCAAGAAGAAUACCAAAGCCCUGUUUCAGUCCUUGACCAGUUCUUUGCAGAACACUCGAACCAUACACUAAAACCGCGUCGCCUCCACUUUGAAGAGCCCAACACAGCAUCAUCCUCACAAGACACGCCGCCAAAAUCUGAUCCGUGCAGGCACGAUCAAGACUACACGAUCUCCAACUACGUGCGUUUGAUACUAGAAGCUUCUUGCCUAAACUGGGAUCAGCUCUCAGCAAUGAGGCUUCUGUCUGAGCAUCUGCUUCAUCCAUCCUUGUUCGAUCAAGCCCUGUUUCUGCAUCUCGACACAAGGCUUCUCUUCGACCACAUGAACGAGGUCCUGCUCGAAAUGCAGCGAUCCCAUUUCCUAUCCCCAUAUUGGCCAGCAUAUGCAAAGCCAAGAAUCUGCUUUUCCCCACUGGAAGAAGCUGUAGUUGAUGAGAUCAUGAGAGAUGCUGAGUUCUACCUGCUUCCUCGGACACAGAGGAGGACCUUGGAUCAGCUUGUUGCAAAAGAUUUAUCGGGCCCUCGAUCACGGCCCGAUGUUCGGCCCGAAACAGACCACAUCAUCCUUCAUAUCUCAGACUACAUUCUGGAGGAAUCAGUUCUUGAUGUAAUACUUGAGCUUCAUUCUUGAAUUAAGCACUUUUUUUUUUUUCUGUUCUUGAUGAUCCAAUUAGAAGUAAAUUUGUUAUUUUUAUUUCAAAA